AUGGCUGCUCAGUCGAAGAACAAGGAAGCAACAGAACUGCCAGCAAGAUUGUCAGAAGAAGUGGAAGCUGAUACUGAAAUUCUGAAAGUGUUGAAGCAGUUGAGAGAUGGCCAACAUCUAAUUGUGGGCUUGCUAACUCAGAAGCUCAAUCCGUAUGAUGAUAUUCUCCAGCUUUCUCAAAAACUGUGGAACAGCGAGGUAGAGGUUUGGUCAGGAACAGAAAGAAGAUGGCAUACCGAGAAACCGCAAGAAGCAGUUAUUGGUAAAGAGUUCUUGAAUUAUCUUGUACCAAGCGGAAUAACCUUGGAGAAAGAUCGGCAUUCAGGCGGAGUCGUCAUUGGAUCAGUCCAAAACCUUUUGAUGGCCCGUGAAGCUCUCAUGAAGGGUGGAACAGAUUUGUUCUCGACUGACGAUCAGACCCGAAUCAGUAUGGAAAACCUCAAAAAUAAAAUAUCUCCAGGCCUAAACGGUGACUUAUGGCCCAAAAUCUGGCAGCCGCUGCGAAUCAGAGACUACGACAACUGCACAGGGGUCUAUUAUGCCAUUCCACGGUCUUUUGAUGACCCGUUCUACUAUAUUCUGGAUGAUCGAGCAGAGGUCCCCUGCGGCGAGCUCGAGGUGCGAUGCCGCCAAGGGUGCACACAACAAGGAGAGUACUGGUACUGA